AUCUUCCGGUAAGGCGGACCCAGUUUGUGUCACUAUCAGGAAAUAGACGUGCUUUUAAUUCACACAUUGUUGAUGAAGAUUAUUCGUUGGUCAAAUGAAACCAGUAACUCAAAUGGGUGCUGUAGUUCUGGUGCUAUUUACAAUCGGUGCUUUUAUCAGUCCAGUUCGAUCUCUGGACAAUGGUCUCGCGCUCAAGCCUACAAUGGGUUGGCUGCAUUGGGAGAGAUUCAUGUGCAAUGUCGACUGUGACACGGACCCCAAUAAUUGCAUCAGUGAGAAUCUCUACAUGCAGAUGGCAGAUGUGAUGGUGAUGGAAGGCUGGAAGGAGGCUGGCUACGAGUAUGUCUGCAUCGAUGACUGUUGGCCCAGCCACCAACGUGACGCCAAGGGACGCCUUCAGGCAGACCCGAAGCGGUUCCCCAGAGGCAUCAAGAAACUGGCCGACUAUGUUCAUUCCAAGGGUCUCAAGUUGGGGAUCUAUGCUGAUUUGGGAACCUUUACAUGUGGAGGCUUUCCAGGGAGCCUGGGAUACUACGACAUCGACGCUCAGACCUUUGCUGAUUGGGGUGUGGAUCUGCUCAAAUUUGAUGGGUGCUACAUGAAGUGGACUUUACUGGGAGAAGGUUACACAAACAUGUCAAUAGCACUGAACCGAACUGGGAGAAGUAUCCUGUACUCCUGCGAGUGGCCACUGUAUGAGUGGCCGUACCAUCAGCCAGACUAUGCUGCCAUACGGAAGGUCUGUAACCACUGGCGAAACUUUGCGGAUGUGUAUGACUCCUGGGACAGUGUGAAGACCAUCUUGGACUGGACUGCCGACCAUCAGGACGUCAUUGUCCCAGCGGCUGGGCCUGGGGGCUGGAAUGACCCUGACAUGCUGGUGAUUGGAAACUUUGGCCUGAGUCACGCCCAACAGGAGUCUCAGAUGGCAUUGUGGGCCAUCAUGGCCGCCCCUCUGCUGAUGUCCAAUGACCUGAGAGACAUCUGCCCCCGGUCCAAGCAGCUGCUGCAGAACACAAGGAUCAUCGACAUCAGUCAGGACCCACUGGGCAGGCAGGGCUAUCGCACAGCCAAGGUGGACAGUUUCGAGGUGUGGGAAAGACACCUGUCUGGUGGCCGGUUGGCUCUGGCAGUGAUGAACAAGCAGGAGAUCGGUGGUCCCCGAGGCUUCCCCCUCACCCUGGCCACGCUGCCUAGCUGGAAGAUCUGCCACCCCCAGUGUAAUGUCACCCAGGUCCUGCCCAGCUACAAGGAGCUGGGGGUCCAGACCCUACUCAGUAAACUUGUGGUGGUGGUCAACCCUUCUGGCACAGCACUGCUGACUGUCACCCCCAUUUAAGUGUGACUUCAACACCCAAUGGCAAUUAUGGAAGGACAUGCCCAACGUGAGCAGUUCUUUAGUAUGGUGUAGCUAGCAGACAAGCAUAUGGGCCCUGGCCCUCACCCAGCACUGAUUGAAAUGCACAGGAUUUAUGAACCUUAGAAUAGGUUAUUUAGUUGGUGUGCUUCCCUUGAAUUAUUAGAGGGAUUUUUCAUCUUUAUUUUAAGUGUGGAAUGUGUUAGUAAUUGUUCAUGUUUUGUAUGCCAAUUGUUCUGGUCACAAAAAGGAGAUUUGCUGGAUGGCAGACACCUGAAUGUUCAGAUAGCAAAAAUCAGUAGUACUGUAACAAUUUUUCCUGAUUUGCAGUAACUGUUACUUUGGUACAAUCAUGUUUGGAAAUGUUCACAUUUAAUUAAAGGGGCAAUCUGGAAUUCAAACAAAACCAAAGCCAUCAACCUGCCACUUUUUUGGUCAACUUCGGGAUGGGGCUGGAAAAACAUUACUUAAAUUUACGGUAACACUUCAACCAGCGUUAUCACAUGGUUAUAACCAUGUCAAUGUCAUAACAGCUGACAUAACUUGUCAAAAUGGGAUCAUAACAUUGUCAUGACCCAUAUUUACACCUGUUGUGACGUUAUUUUUAUGGCUGGUUAUGACACUUGCGUAAGUGUCAAAACCCACAUUUAUUCAAAUGUUUUUUCCUUGCCAAAAGGCCUUCGUAAUUAUUUUGUCGUUUUUUUUCUUCAUAUUUUAAAUAACUUGUAGAAAACACUUUGACCCUGUGACUAAGAAAAUAAUGCUUUUUGGAAGUGUCAAAGUGUAUGACCAGAAUAUAUGCCCUUAUGUCAAGAGGGUGUCUUGUCCUGCAUACAUCCCAGUCAUCAGCAAGAGUGUUGGGGUCGGUGCAUGUCUGACAUCAAUGUGUGUGCAAUUUAAUUUGGUAAAUUUUAGAAAAUUAUAGUAAACAUACUGUUGACAAGUAGGCUAUAUGGUGUAAUGGAAUGUUUUGCCUUGUGUGGUAGAUGUCAUAACCAGCCAUAAAAUUACUUCUGUGGUAGGUUUACACUUCUGUAGUUGUCUUAACCAGCCAUAAAAUUACUUCUGUGGUAGAUUUACACUUCUGUAGUUCUUAACCAGCCAUAAAGUAAUGCAAUAUGUCAAACUUAUGAUGCUGGUUGUCCCCAAAUUUCCACAGGCAAGGACUGACCAUAUCGAAAUGAUUGUUUUAAAUCUUUUCAAUGCUGUCUUUGCACUACCCUAGUUAGCAUUGGCUGGCAAAACUACUGCCAACUUCCUUCAAACUACACAAGCAAAAAUUGUAUCCGUGUGUUCAUCUAACUGUAAGUAGAACAAGGGCUUUAAUCCCAAAAUCUCAUUUGGGGUUCUUAUCACUUCAAUAUACGUACACACACUAGAUAUGGGACCCCACCGUUGUAAAAAUAUUUUGGAAGCUAUAGAAAUGCAUUUAUUAGAUUUUUUUAUAAAUGUGACCUAAACAAGAAUGUAUACAAAUAUUCCUUAUAGUAUAAUUUGAUAUUAAUGUAAGCGUACAACAAAUAUACUUAAAUACAUGCAAUUGUCCUUGAAACAUUUAUUUGAAA